CGAGUAAAAUAAUCGUUGAGCAGUCAAUUAUGAAUCGGUGCUCAAGCUGCUUGCGGCUUGCUUUAGUGAAAAAAACAGUGAGAAAGAUGAACUAAUUAAUACUGCCGGAAUGAGACCUUGCAAGUGACAACAAAAUGUUUUGGUACAAGCAAAUUAAAAAAGUAGGCAUACAUAAUGCGCUGCGCAUAGGUAGUAAAGGAAUAAAUUAAAACGAAAACCAUAGAUAUUCUCAAGAAUAACAACGAAAAUAUGUUCCUACGUAUGUAUGCAUAAAAACACUUAAACCGCAGUUUUUAAACACAACAACAAUUAUGAUGUAAAUGGUUACUAUAUGCAUAAAAAUUAAACUAUAGGUAUAGAAUAUAUAGAAGAGGCGCGAAAUCACAUAAACCUUGCGGAAUGUAGCGGAAGCGUAUGAGAAUAAAUUAGUCUGCAAAUAGAGUUGUUGUUUCUCCUUGAAUUUCGUUUAUUAAAUUUAUUUAAACUUAUAAGUUGUUUUCAAUUUUGCCAAUUUGUAAAAUGCUUAUUUUGUAAAUAGCUGUCGACUAGAAAACUACGUGAUAAAAAGUUUGCGAAGCAGUGUUACGUACAUAAUUAUUUGGUUACAAGCAAGCAUACAUAUAUUGCUUUUCUAUGCAUAAAUUCAUUUGUACAUAUGGGCGCAUACUCAGUUUGUAUCAAUUCCCAAAAAAUAUAAUUUUGUAUCCAGAACUUAUUUAGUGUUAAAAAUAAAAUACUUUUAACAUUGUGUCGCGACUGUACGUGAUUUUACCAUAAGAAAAAUAUCACUCAACAACGCCCGAUACUUCACACAACAAAGCAUACCAGUUUUCAUAUAGUGCAGUUAACUCGAAGCAUGUCAUCUUUGGCAAAUACAUUGCUCCUAAUGCUCAUACUUUCCGCUAGUGUCCAUGCCUUCAAUCCUGCCGUCUCCAAGGACUUGGUUUGUCAAAUAAUCAAUUCGAAUCAAUAUGUUUGCGAACGCCACUUGGUGCGCACUGCAGAUGGCUAUGAAAUUACCCUACAUCGCAUUCCACCAAAAAAUGUUACACACAGCCACAGUCGCCAACCCUUUAUUCUCAUGCACGGUCUAUUAGGCUCUGGCGCAGAUUUUGUGCUACCUGGACGGGCACGCUCUCUUGGCUGUAUUUUAAAUGACCAGGGCUACGAUGUGUGGCUACCGAAUGCUCGCGGUACAACCUUCUCCAAGAGGCACAUUGCAAUGGAUUCGUCUAUGGCGAGCUUUUGGAACUUCACCUGGCACGAGAUCGGCUACUUUGAUUUGCCUGCUGUUGUGGAUUAUGUACUCGAGACGACGGGCAAUAAGCAGGUGCACUAUGUGGCGCAUUCUCAAGGAUCAACAGUAUUUUUCGUGCUUCUCUCCGAAAGGCCGGAAUACAACGAUAAAUUCGUAUCAGCAUCACUGCUAGCGCCGGUGGCGUUCUUAGCGCAUUUGCGUAGUCCACCGUUAAGAAUAAUGGCGGCGGAAGAUGAAAAACUCCAGGUGAUCCUAAAUCAUUUGGGAUUACACGAACUUUUCCCUUCGACCGCUCUGAAUCAACUGGGCGGGCAUCUGCUCUGCGGACAAGGGGCGCCCACACAGAAUCUCUGCUUACUGCUCACGUUUCUUUCGGUUGGAUUCAGCGACUACGAAAUGGACCGCGGUAUUUUGGCUCGCUUGUUUGAAACAACUCCAGCUGGUAUAUCGCGCAAGCAGUUUCAACACUUCGGCCAGCUGAUUAAGUCAGGCAAAUUUCAACAAUUUGACUACUCUUCGAAGAGUGAAAACUUACGACAUUACAAAAGCCAAAAACCGCCGGAAUAUAAUCUAUGCAACGUCCGCGUUCCAUUGCAGUUGUUUUUUGGCACACGUGAUUUAAUCCUGACAAAGAAGGACCUCGAACAUCUGACCCGGAAGCUGGUGAAUGCCAAAUAUAAAUUACAUGAAUUACGCGGAUUAAAUCACAUAGACCUAUUAUACUCUACGGUAGCGCCACGCCUAAUUUACAAGCAUAUUAUCAACAAUAUCAGUCAUUUAUUUUCCUGAAAAUGCGGCAAUAUAUUAUAAUUCCCCGAGAGUAGAUAUGUAGUUGUAAAUUAUAAUUAUAAAAGAAUAUAGUUUUAGAUUUAGAUGGGCGUUCGUUAACGUUAAUUUACAUUCACAUUGUGGGAAAAUAUUUUUUUAAACCAGUAAAAGUUCUUAAAUUUAGAAAUUGAAAUUGCAAAUUGUCUGCAGUGUGGUAAGGCAAGGUGUGUGUUUUUCGCGCCAGCUAGUCUUCUAAUUACCGCCAUUUAUUAUUUCACAAAAGUUAAGCUGACAUCUUUGUAUUCUCUCUCAAUCUCCGCACUGCAAAACAGAUCCCAAAAUCCUCACUGAGUCUGCUGCUGUGGAUGUUUGCUUCGGACCUUCGGUCUCCCCAAUGCGCCUUACAUCAUUUUGUAAACGAUUGAUGAUCUUGUAGGGCCCCAAGAACUUAUAAGCAAACUACAAGCCUGGGCGCUGCUGCGUCUGGCGAAUGGCGACUAUAUUUACUUCUUGGUACAGUGGUGCACUCAUUUUCUAAACUUCGCCUAUUCUAUUCUUGGCUGUGCAUAAUUUUAUCAUGAGCAUUCUUGCUCAAAUAGUUCUGAUAACCGCCGGUCGUCCUUAACAUAUGCUUCGACUCCGAACAAAUGUCUUAAUGGUGUAGUUGCAGUACUUCGGUGCGUUGUAUUCAACAGUCUCUAGUGACGGUACCAUUUAUCAGGUUUCGGAGGAGAUAACUUUUCAAUAAGUGGAAUCAGCGUAUGAUUCACCUUUUCGAUUUGAACAUUAGCUUGCGGGAUGCGCGUCGUCAUUAGCUCGUGACGAAUUUCUUAAUCACGGCAAUAUGCAGGAAAUUCCUUCGAUGUGAACUCAGCGACUCUGUCACUAACGAUGCGUCUGGUAAAAGUACUAGCUUACCUUCAUAGUCUUUCGAUCACCUCAACCGUUGUUAUUGAUUUCGUCGCAUACAGCCAAACAAACUUAGUGAAUGCGUCGAUGACUGCAAAAAUAUGUUUGUAGGACUUUCUCGUCGAUGGGAGUGGGCUCCUUAUUGUUUGGAUUAAAAAAUCGUCCAGGUUUAUCAGUAUUCCGUUCAGAUAAGAUGCACGACAAGCAGAUCUGGAUGAUCUUCUCAAGUUUCCGUUACAAACCUGGGAUUCAAUAAACAUCUUCGACCAGUGUCUAUGUCUUUUCAACAGAAAAGUGCCCUCGCUCGUGUGCCUUCCGAAUAACCUACGCCUGCAUUGACUUUUGUACAAAGAUGCGUGAUUCAUCCCCUACGUCUUUGUACAAUAGUCCUCGCCAAAGGCUAUAGCCGCCAUGCACACCUUUCUCUGCUAAUGCUAUCUUCUCAUCAUUGUAUAGGCUUACAAGUAUGGAAAGCGCCAUUUUGUUUGUUUACAUUUGAAAACAGCUCAGAUCACCUGAUUUUCAA